AUGUUUUGCUGGCUAAUAUUUGUCACUAAAUUGGGUCCAUAUCUCAUGAGAAAUCGUAAACCAUUUGUAUUGCGAGAAAUACUGAUCGCAUAUAACUUAGUAUUAGUCGUAUUGAACGCAUACUUCAUAUACGCUUCACUCAAAUGGUUAGAGUUUGGGCGCAAGUCAUGGAACCCAAGACUACCCCCGAGUAACCAAUGGUCCGAUAAAGCCAUCGCAGAAAUACCCGAAAAAACCAUAUUCUUUGUGUUGAGAAAAAAGUCAAAUCAGAUCUCAUUUCUUCACGUCUAUCACCAUUUUAUGGUUCCGGUGUUGACUUAUGUGACGGGGAAACAGUGUCCGCAAACAGUGAUUGGGGAAGUGUUUUGUUUGCUUAACUCUACUGUCCAUACAGUCAUGUAUUUGUAUUACUUAUUGUCGGCAUUUGGACCCCAAAUACAGCCCUAUUUAUGG